AUGGAGGCGCUGCGGCGGCCGGCGCUGCCCGAGGACGCGGUGCGCUCCCGCCUGUUCGCGGCGGCGGCGGCGGCGGGCCCGGGCGGCGAGGCGCUGCUGCGGCGCUGCGCUGAGCUGGCCCUGGUGCGCUUGGCCCCGCUCCUGGCCGCCUGCGUGUGGCAGCGGCGGCCGUUCCGCCUGCGCUACGUGCCGGGCCGCGGCGAGAUCCCGGCGCACUUGGGCGGCCCCGCGGUGUUCGGGGAUAACGUGGAGGAUGAGUGGUUCAUUGUGUACCUGCUGCGGGAGAUGAGCAGGGAGUUGCCGGGGCUGGCAGCCAGCCAGAGGAGUUUGCUGGCUGUCCCCAGCCCAGUCCCGCUGCAGGGAGUGUUUGUUUCUGCUCUGGCUGUUGCAGGUGACUUUCACUCGGUGUUUGUAUGCACAGCUGGUGCAGCAGCAGUUUGUUCCAGACAGACGCAGUGGAUACACCCUGCCCGCCCCAGCUCAUCCUCAGUACAGAGCCUGCGAGCUGGGCAUGAAGCUGGGAAUGAUUCCUGGGGCAUUUUGGCCUUGGCUCAUGCAUGUGCAGGGAAUGGGUCCUUGUCUGGAGGUUGCCUGCUUGUCCAGAGAAAUGUGAGCAAAGUCUGUCACACCUUGAGAACCUCUUGUUGUUGCAUCUUUUAUCUGCAGGCUCAUGGCUUUGAAAUGUUGUGCUCCAAGAGCAGUAAAGUGGCUCCUGAUGCCAAGAGAAACGUGUUAAGGGGUCCCCUGUGGGAGAGAUUCCUCAGGAGCUUGAAGGAGAAGGAUUAUUUCAAGGGAGAAAUGGAAGGAUCAGCCAAGUACCUGGAGCUGUUGCACAUGGCAGAAGAUCACUUCCAGCAAUCUGUUGCAGUGCCAGAAAGCUGUGAUGAAGUGAGCCCAGGUGAUGAAAUCCUGGCACUACUACAGACAACCCCCAUUGAUCUAAAGGAAUUGGAGAGAGAAGCAGCUUGUCUUCCUGCAGAGGAUGAUGACAGCUGGCUGGAUAUGACACCAGGUGCUCUGGAUCAGAUGCUGAAGGAGACAAGAAAUGAGUCCCUUCCUUCCCCAAAUGAGGAGGAGCAAAACUAUGACUUGGAAACAGUUGCUGAGAGCAUGAAGGCUUUUGUGUCCAAAGUGUCCACGCACGAAGGAGCAGAAAUGCCAUGGUCAUCUGAUGAAUCCCAAGUUACCUUUGAUGUGGAUUCUUUUACAAAAGCUCUGGACAGAAUUUUAGGGGCAGACUCGGAGGAGCUGGAUUCUGAUGAUGUGGAUGAAGAGGAGGAGUUUGGUUUCUCAGAUGAGGAUGAUGAAGAGCUGGAUGCUGGGAAUGGAAGGCAGGAGCAGAAGGUGUCUCCUGAGGAGCUCGUGGGCAGUCUCAAGGCGUACAUGGAGGAGAUGGACCGUGAGCUGGCACAGACCAACAUUGGGAAAAGUUUCAGCAGCCACAAGAGAGGGGCAAGUUCUGUUGGAGCAGCCCCAUGUGAGAGUGCUGGCCCUGACUGUGGAGCUGAGGCUGCUGAGCUGGCAGCCCUGGAUGUGGACAUGAACCUGGUGGCAAACCUGCUCGAGUCCUACAGUGCCCAGGCUGGCCUGGCAGGGCCCACCUCGAGCAUUUUACAGAGCCUGGGGGUGAAUUUACCUGAGAGCUCAGAGCUCACUGGCAGCUGAGCAAGGCAGGGAGAGCCUUGGCACCAGACAUGGCUGCUGGGGAGAUGGAGCACAGACACACGAGCAGGAUGGGGGAGAAGAGGCCAAAGGUUUGAAUUUGGAGCAUCCUGUUCAUUAUGUGUCACUUCAGCAGAGUGAAUUCACCUGCAAAAGCUUCUGUUUGCACACUGUCUUGGGUGGAAAUGAGAUUUUCCCUGUGCUGACACAAUUUCAGAAAACUGAAAAAUUAUGUCAAAUGAAUGACCGAAAUCUCUGCCCAUUUUCUUUUAUUACAACACCUCUCUCCCAUUUUUCCUUUCAGUGAUCCAAUUUGCCACAUUUCUAAAAUGUCCUUUUACCCAUUGCUGAGUGUGUUCAAUAUCUGGGGAGCAGUUCUUGUUCUGAAAAUGCUGCUGCCUUCAGGGGCAGGUGGGGAAAUACCACAUUGCAGGAAGAGUAAUUGGAUCAAUUGUGCAAAUAUUGGCCAGAAGUAUUUUUUAAUUUUAUUUCAAUAAAAACAAAAAUUACAACUUGA